AUGGACGGUGUAGCAGUCUCCGCAACGGCCAGCAGCGUCAUGCUGAAGAGUGAGGCCAAUUGGACUCACUGGAUCUCAUCGAUUGAGAACAUCGCUGACACGUAUCAUGUAUGGGACGUGUGCGACCCCGAAUUGCCAGAAGAACAAGUGCAAUUCAACCUGAUCGUCAAGCCCGUACGGCCACAUCGACCGCUGCACCCAAGCAGGGUCCCUGGUGCGCAGCCGGACGAGGCUGACGACCCCCCCAGACGUGAAAAAGUCACAUAUUACCAGGAUGAAUUGGAUGAGUAUGAUCGUGAUUAUAAGGCUUGGAUUCAGCAAGAUACUAGCCUAAUCGCUAUUGGCAACCAGAUCAUCGCAAGACUGGAUGUUUCACACCAUACCCUUAUCAAUGGCGCCGGCUUCAGCUCACCAUACGCGAAGCUAGUGAAAUUGAAAGAGAUUUUCGGUCGUACAAGUGCAAGACCGUAUGAAUCAUGGUGUAAGUGGUCAUGUAUGAAGAUGGUUGGACCCCCUAAGAGAGCUAUGGGACUGCAAGCCUUUGAUAGGUGGUAUGAGGCCUGGAAUAAGCAGAGGAUAGAAGUUAUUGGUUAUAAAAUAGAGACCAAGGAGCUCCAUCCACUGGCUUUCAUCCAUGCUGUGAAGGAUGUCGAUCGUAUCUGGUGGCAGAGCAGAUUCGAAGACGUGCGGGAUAAUUACAAGGCCCAUACUGUCGAGAAUUUGGCGGCAAGCUUGCGUGCUACGCUCGCUGAGUAUCACCAGACGACAUCCUCAACAUCUCCAUCGCAAGCGGCGUUCGCAACGAAUGAACCAACACUGCAAGGCCAGACCCAACAACAGAAGAAAAGAACCGACCAGCCUAGUAACAAGACAGGGCAGUCGGCAGCUCUCAGAGCAAAAGCCAAAGAGGUAUAG